AUGACCUCUUCGAUGUACCAUUCUCCUGAUUGGAAGAUGGGGAAGAGGGAAAAACGGAACCUUGGUGAAGAAUGUCAACUGUUUCCUCCCUACCCGAUUGGACAAGAGGCCAGGAGUCCGUCCUCCGAACUUUGUCUGCACAAGCUAUGGAAGCCUCCACCGACCUGGAUGGACCCCUACGGAGCCCUCCGUGCUGCUUGCUGUCAUCCCCACUUACUAGCCAAGUCUCAAUCCUUUUCUGUACUAGCCUGGUUCCCAUUCCCUCGCGAUGAUUCAGGCUCCUAG